GACAGUUUUACUUGAUGCGUGACAAAGGUCUUCUUAGUUUCAUGUCAACAUUUAAAUUACAAUUAUCCUCGCCUAAAGUUAAAUGGUUAGUUAUAUUCAACCCAGAGAUUGGACUGUGUCAGAACAUUUCGAUAUACAAUACUUCACAAGAAAUAAAUAUUCCGACAGAAUUCAAAGUCAACAGAAAUGAAAUUGAAAACAAAGGAAUUCAUAUAAUUACAUCAAGCAAAACUGAUUUAAAUGCUAUAUACAAGGACCCAAGCACCAGUGAAGGCCUUUUUAUUUUCCCAUUAGAAAAGCUGUCUACAACAUAUAUCGCUCCGUCUUUCACUCCCGCCACUGGAGAAUCGUUUAUUGGUAUCGUUGCAACAAAACCAAACACAGAAGUGAAUAUAACACUGAAACUACCUAACACUGACAAAAUAACUUUUAAUAAUACAAAGUAUGGAAAUGGAGAAACAAUUUCCGUUCAUUUAGGAGAAAGGGGGACCCUUGAACUGUCAAGCCAAACUGAUCUCACUGGAACAAUUAUCCAGGCGAACAAAGAUAUAGGAGUGCAGUCUGGGGUUGACGCUGCAAAAGUACCUGUAAAUAGUGGUUUGAUGAAUCAGUUAUUAGAAAUGGUACCGCCAGUUAACGAACUAGGAAAGUCAUUUUUCAUACCACCAUUAUUUGAAAACAAAGAAUUUAUAUUACGUUUAAUCGCUGCGCAUCCAAAUACAACAAUUACUCUUCUUGGAAUAAAUUCUAAACAAGCCACCGUUGUGGUAGACCAAAUAGGGGAUCACAUAGAUAUCCAUAGCAACGCCUCUAUAAAAGUACAAUCUGACAAACCAGUAAUGGCAGUUUAUUAUCAACAAGGAGAAACUAAACCAGUCGUACCUUUUAUGGUUAUUAUUAAACCAGAAGGCAAACUUGGAGGAGUUCAAGAGUUUACCAUUCCUGAUGACGGGUUAAGACAUCAUAUUCUUAUUACCGCUAAGAGUACUGAAUACCCCUUUCUUCAGAUUGACGGGAAAGGUGUUAUUUAUAGAAAUCCUCAUGUGUACGAUACACAGAGUUUAAAUUCCACAUAUGUUGUUGCAAGGGCGGACAUUGGCACAGGACAUCAUACCAUAAGUUCGUCAUACCCGAUUCUUAUGAAAGUCAAACCUGGAAUUAUCAUCUAUGCCGAUUCCGACAAGGACAUUGCUUAUGGUUAUCCUGUGUAAAAAUUUGUCCAAUAAUGUAACGUAACACGAAGUUAAGUUUGUAUUAUAUGUAGACUAUAAUAGUAAAUCGUAUGGAAUACUUAAUAGAUUUACGUCAUAUCUUUGAGAAAGAAAAAUAUCUCUGUAGUUAUCCUGCUAACAGGAACGAUGCAAUUUAAUCACAAUAAUGUAAAGACGUUUAUCAUUAUAAUUAUAAAGAUAACAAUUAUAUUUAUGUUUGUUUAUUUUCACCGAAAU